UGAUCAACUGUUGUUCAUAAUAUGUAUUCCGUGAAUUGAAAAUGAUUAUUGCUUGGAUGGAUUUAGUAAAAGUUACUUAAUGAACUACUUUAGAAAACGAAAAAUACAUAAUAAUUCCUGUGUACACUUUUCUUUCUGAAAUAGUGGAAUCAUAUCGUGUGAGAAAUCAAAUAUAAACUACAUCUAUUAAUUAAUAUAUUAGAAAUGAAUAUCUUUGACGCAAUAAUUAUACUGUUUAUGUGUCAGUUGUUUAACGGUCAAAUUAAUGCGAAAAAUGAAGAUUGCAAAAAUACGAACGAUAAUGCUGUUCAAAAUGUCAAGAAAAAAUCGUUGAUCACAGAGAAAAAAUUGGAUAUCUUCUACUGGAAUUCGUGUCUUGGAAAUGACAAACCAAUAAAAAUCGAAUCGAACAACGUAACAAAUAUUAAAAAAUACUGGUUUGAGGACUUACCUUUAAAAAUCAUUACUCAUGGAUGGCUUUCAUCAGAUAAAAACUUUAAUGGAGUAUUUGAUAUUAAAACAG